GCCCGCCUCCUCCUCUUCUCGGCGCGCUCUCACUUUGUUGUCUUGUUUCUCUCGAAACAGCACCGCAACUCGCUUUUGGUCGCCGUGUUGGAAAUCGGAGCCGGCUUGAAAUUGGCCGCUCGCAGCGCUUGUUGCCCGGGUACUUUGCUUCCGAUGGACUCCGCUCAAGUGUAGGAAGGUCAAAAGGCUGCAGGCACAGCAGGAUGGGUGCGCUAAGCGUCCUACUGCUGUUGGCGUGCCUGUUAACUCCCACGUUGGCGCUGAUUGCCACCCCCAACGAGAAGACGUGUCCGGACGGAGACUAUCUUGAAAAUGGAAUUUGUUGCAACAAAUGUCCACCGGGUUUCAAACUCGUGGAAAAGUGCCUUGCCGAGGGGAUGAGGAGUAACUGCACGCCGUGUCCGACUGGCCAGUUUAUGGAGCAAAUGAACUACUCCCCCAAAUGCAUGCAAUGCAAAUCCUGCAACAAGAAGAAGCAUGAAGUGGAAGUAUCCAAAUGCCAACGGCAUCAAAACACUCGGUGCCACUGCGAGGACGGCUACUACACCUUCGUUAUUGACUCGGAGACGACAGAGUGUAUCAAAUGCAAGCUGUGCAGGUCAGAUGAGAGGGAAGUCCAAAAAUGCACGACGGAGAGGAACACUGUGUGCGAGUGCAAGGCGAAUUUCUUCAGAGUGAACGGGAAGUGCGAGCCAUGCAAGAGUUGCGUAGCGGAUUGCAAACAUCUCUGCAAGUCGCUUCCUUCCCACAAUUCAAAGGAUUCUGAAGAGAGUGGAAAUGGAUACCUAGUUCACGUCCUGACUGGAGCAGUGGUUGUGGCCGUGAUGUUGUUGAUGCUGCUCAUCCUUUACAUGGCCACCAAGCGCUUGAUCAAAAAGUCGCCCCUCAAAUCGUCAUCGCAAACGGCGGAGGCAUCGCCAGAGUCGUCCGAGGCCCUGUUUCAGAACGAGGAAGUGUCAAUCAUCGCGGUGAUUGACUGUCCUGAGAGCGCAUUGCUUGGCAAGGCGAAUUCCAAGCUGCCCGACUGUGUUCCGCUGGAGAUCAAGACCCACGACCUCAUCUACACGCUGCUCGACUCGGUUCCCGUGACGCAGGUCAAGCAGCUGGUGCGUUCCCUCGGCGUGACCGAGACGGUCAUCGAACGGGCCGAGCUGGACCACCGCGCCAGCAAGGAGGCCCACUACCAGAUGCUGAAAGCGUGGGCGGACAGCAGCUCGCAAGCUUCCGGCGGCGGUGGAGGAGGCCGAGGCGGAAUGCUGCACUCGGCUUUGCUGCAGGAGCUUUUGCUGAAACUGAAACAUAUGCACCUUGGGGCGGUGGCUGAGGAGCUGGAGACAAAGUACAGCAUUCACUAAAUCUCGGAUGUGUGCCAAGUGGGGGGAAAAAAAAACACACGCACCUGAAUCUGAGUAUUGUUCUCUAUCGGGACCUCAAGGACGAACUGGGAACAUUCCAGAUGGUUGCAGCGCUUGCACGUGGACCAAGAAGGCUUUUGUGGUUUCUACCUUUCGCCCUGAGAGAUCAAAUGGUUGCGGGGGGACCCUUGCGGGAUUACCAGUGACGAUCCCGCCGCGGCCGAUGUGAAGCUGCCACCUGCCGGACGCGGAAACCGAAAUACGCACUGAAGGAGGGAUUUGAAUGCCGUCGCGAAUGGCCACAAUCUGCCGGGAAGUCACACCCAAGUCAUGGUCAAUGUUGUUGAUCCAUAUUUUAGGAAUGCUUGAGAUUCGCGUUUCCGAGGUUUAUUGACCGGGUUGGGGGGAAAA